CAUGUCUCCUGCACCUUUCAAAUCACUUCAUACAAAAUGGCGAUAACAAAGUUGCUCAAGCCUUCGACGACAAGACUAUUCCCUCGGACGGCGGCCACAAGGAUCGCCGUUCCGUCACGAUUUGCCUCCUCCGACACGAGGUCAAGUACGGAGCAGGACGCCACCAAAAAGAAAGAGGAAUCAAAGGCCACCCAGCCUCAGCAAAAGAAAAAGACUCAAGCCGAGCUCGAUGAAGAGCUGAAGAUGAAGAUGGCUGGCCUUUCCGGCGACGGAGGGGAAUCCGGAGUGGAAUAUGAGGACGGCCAACCUGCCUCAAUGAAGAGAAGUGUGCGCAACAAUAUGUUCCGUUAUAUUUGAGGAACACGCAAAACGACAUCCCACUGUAACGGACAUGCCGGCUCCGACCGCAUCACGGCGCUGUACCUUUAAUACUCUCUUACCUACUACAUACUUGUUGACACACGCACGUAUGUACAUAUACCUAGUGAUUCUUACCUGAGAAGCUUCUAUAGAUGAGAUGUACGAACACUGGCAAGGACCUUGAUCAAAGAGGCUCAAGUGUGAAGAACACAGAAAAAAGCAAC